CUUUCUGCCACGAUUCAGUUUUGCCGCGACAACAUUGAACCGCUGAUUCCUCAACCGUUUGUCGAGACAGCAACGUGAUCGAUUGUUCUAAAGUCUAUAAACAUAAAGAAUAUUGUAUGGAACGAUUUAGGUUCUUGAUUUAAGCCAUCCUUGUGCUUAUUCUUGCGCAUUGCGGCAAGCCAAAAAUUCUUCUUGAGAAUGAGAAACAUCUUAAAACGUGUGCGACGAAACUUAUUGUAUCAAUUGUUAGUGCAGCGAUGAAUAUGCGGAGAAUGGAGACAGUGGAAAUUCGAAUCUUCAUUGUCUUCUUCAUUAUUCUACUGCAAGGAGAAACACAUGGGAAAUAUUUGGAGGGUCUCAACGUGAAUUUAGGGGAUGCCCUUUUAUUCCUCAGAGAAUAUGACAGCGCAGCUUCGUUAAUGUGCACGAGGGUGAUGAUGGCCCAGUGGAAUUUCGCGACAAAUGUUACAGAUGCAAACCACCAAAAAAUGGUGGAUGAACAAACAUUAAAAUUAAAGUUUGAAAGGGCUUCUUGGCGGAAAGCAGUUACUUUUGCUUGGACCCGAAUACCAGAUCCUUUAGCAAGAAGGGAAAUUAAAAUGAUAGCUACAAAAGGUCGAAGUUCCUUGACUGACGAUAAAUUUAAUGAGAUACAUCGUUUAAUAACUGAGAUGAAAGAAAUCUAUACUAAAACCAGAAUAUGUCCAUACAAAUAUAUCGACGUCAGCUGUAAUUUGAGUCUAGAUCAUGGUAUAAAUAAGAUAAUGGCAGAAUCAAAAGACUACGACGAAUUAUUGUAUUAUUGGCACGCUUGGCAUGAAGCUGUCGGUCCAAAACUUAAAAACAAAUAUUUAAGAUACGUUCAACUAGCUAAUCGAGCAGCGAAAUUAAAUGGUUUUGCAGAUGCUGGAGACCAGAUGAGGGAAUUAUUUGAAGAUGAGUAUUUUCAACAAAACAUAGCGGAGGUGAUGUCAGUCAUAACUCCCCUCUAUAAGAAUCUCUUUACUUACGUACGAUCGAAACUAAUCGAAAGAUACGGUGAUAAAAUACGCGAGGACGGACCUUUACCGGCGCAUGUUUUGGGAAAUAUGUGGGCCCAAAAUUGGGAAGGACUGUUCGAAUUAGUGCAACCCUUCCCUGCAAGCAGAAAGCUCGAUGUAACUUUGGAAAUGAUGAUUCAAGGUAUCACUCCACUAAGGAUGUUUCAAAUAGCUGAGGAGUUCUUUACUUCACUUGGAAUGAAGCCGAUGCCUCCAGAAUUCUGGAAGUUUUCCAUGUUCGAAAAACCUAUCGAUAGGGAAGUUAAGUGUAGCCCUAGCGCGUGGGACUUUUGCAAUAAAAUCGAUUACAGGAUAAAGCAGUGUACUCGAGUUACGUUAGAAGAUCUAUUGUCGACUCAUUAUGAAAUGGCGCAUUUGCAAUAUUAUCUACAAUAUAAAGAUCAUCCAUUACUAUUUCGAAGUGAAGCGAUUCCAGGUCUUCACGAAGCUGUUAGCGAUGCAAUCGGUUUAUCUGUUUUUACUCCUCAACAUUUACACAAAAUUGGAUUGCACAAUAAUUUGACAGAUGAUUACGACAGUAGCAUAAAUUUUCUAAUGUUAAUGGCUCUCCGCAAAGUAGCUUAUAUGCCGUUUGCUUAUAUAGUUGAUCAGUGGAGAUGGCGUGUCUUUAGCGACGGCGUGGAAGAUAUGACAGCGUAUUGGUGGGAACUGAGAUUGCAAUAUCAGGGUAUUGUUCCACCUGUGCCUAGAUCCGAGAGAAAUUUUGAUCCAGCAGCAAAGUAUCAUAUCCCGGCGGACAGUCCUUAUGCCAAGUACUUUGUAGGCGUUGUUUUACAGUUCCAAUUGUUCCAGUCAUUGUGUGAAAUCUCUGGUCAUACUGGCGAGUUGCACACUUGUGAUCUUUACAGGCUACGAGAAGCAGGUCGCUUAUUAUCAGAUGUUCUGUCGAUGGGGGCUUCGAGACCGUGGCAAGAUGUUGUCAGACAGAUGACAAGAGGUAAAACGAAUAGAAUAGAUGCUGGUGCCAUGCUCAGAUAUUUUGAGCCUUUGAAUGCGUGGUUAAAACGACAAAAUGAGAUGCAACCUGUGAUCGGUUGGAUUACAAGCCACGACGAUAGAGGAAUUUUUCAUUUUGUUUCAGCACUGUUAUCCCAAUGGUACCAAAAUAGUGCACAGCGACUUGAAUUGUGUAGUUUAUUCUCUUUGCUACUUAUAGUUGGCAAAGCUUUUGUUUCUUAAUUAUUAUUGCACUCAGUAUAUUUAUGCGUG